AUGGGAGCACUGCCGGGACAGGCCAGACGAGUGUCCCAACGAAUCCCCACUGGCUUCAUCUCAGAAGAUGUGACCAUCAUGCCACCGCCUGAUGAAAGAAGCAUCAGCUUCAGUGCACAAGUAGUCUCUGUGGAUGCAGCCAGUAAGGCUUGUACCGGACCAUCUCGAGACAUCCGCGAGAGAACACCCACUGGCCACAUUCAGGAUGUACAGCUUGACGCCGAGGAUCGAUCAGUGAAAUUUGGAGACGAUGUGUCGUUCCUGCAAGCCGCCAGCGCAGGAGCACUGCCGGGACAGGCCAGACGAGUUUCCGAAAGAAUCCCCACUGGCUUCAUCUCCGAAGAUGUGACCACCGCGGCGCGAUUAGAUGAAAGAGGGAUCAGCUUCAGUGCCCAGGUGGAGGCCGUGGAUGCAGCCAGUAAGGAGAAGUCGGUGAAGUUUGGAAACGAUGUGUCGCUUCUGCAAGCCGCCAGCAUGGGAGCACUGCCGGGACAGGCCAGACGAGCGUUCCAGGCCGUACAACCAGCUUCCCUCAUCGUGACGAAGUCCUUCCUGGAGAGGACCCGGUACUGGUGCUGGCAAGAUGCGGCCGGCGAAGCCGUGCUUGAUGCAAGGAGAGUGAUCGCAAAGCGCAAGUUCUUGUGCUUGGAUGUGCCUGCCUGCGUGGAUUGUAUUCAUGCGCUGCUGGAGCAGAAGAUGGCGAGGACUGUGAGUUUCCGGCCUGCCGCAGAGAUCAGCCUCGUUGAGUUUGACCAUGGUGCUGUGUCCGACGAGGAUGUUAAAGUGAAGAGAAAGCUGCCUCUUAAGUCCGUCCGCGACCGCCAGCAAACCAGCUGGGCGCCAUCGCUGCCGUCUGAUGAGAAGUCUGUUCGGUUCAAGGACUUGCCGACAAGCCCUCUCGGCAAGAGGACGGGAUCGCCAGAUCCUCCUUCAGCUAGCAAGUCGGAUUCGCAAACGACUGAUGCGAACACGGCAAGCACAAAAUCCAGAGGAUCCGAGGGAAGCAGGGGACGCGGAUCUGAAGAUGACCCUCCAAGUGAUGCUGAAACCGUGUCAAGUGCCAGUUCAAGAAAUCCACGAUCCAGAAUGACCACACCGUUCAUGUCAGCGGUUGAUUGGGGCUAUGAAGUGAGUGCUCCUAAGGAGGCAACACAGGCUGGUGCUGCCGGUGCUGUUGCUGCUGCUGCUGCUGGCGACAGCGUCCCCAGUUCCAACCGCCGCCGAAGGUCCAAGCCAUCGUCACUAGAGCCGUACUCUUCCGCAACGGAUCGCAAUCUCGUGAAACAGGUCAGCAUCGAGUCCAGCAUUGAGCGGGAGAUAACGGAGCGUGUCAAGUUGAAUGUCAACGGCUCAAGAUGGCUCAAGCUCAGCGCCAAGCGAGAGAGGAACGGCUGGUCCAAGUGGGCAGCGCUGAUGCAAAUGCGCAUCCCUCAGACGCAGGGCUCGCCCAGGAGCAAAGCGAACUGGAAGCAUCCAUGCGAGUACCGACGAGCGCAGUUGUUCCUUAAUGUGAACGGCGCCAAGGUGCCUUUGGCCCUCGAGAGGUGUUCGUCAGCAGAUGGUGGAAAUCCAGAGGCAGAUCUUGCGAAUCACAUCGCAACUUUUGAUGAUGAUGUGAUGGUCGCCCGUGCCACCUUGGCACACAAUGUCGCUGCCCACGAGGACGAGGUUGCCAACAACGCGCUGUCCUCCUUCACCUCCUUGUCGGUUGAUGAUACCCCCUUGGAGAAGAAGCUCGAGGGGAUGGAUGCCGCCCUGGCCCGGCUCAUGUCCAAGGGGCGUGAAAAGGAGGUGACGGAAGCCACGGAACAAACAGGCGACUUUGUCCCUGAGGUGGCCGCAUCUGUCAAUGAUGUUUCAAUGGAGGGGGCCCCACCCACAGGCGACUUUGUCCCUGAGGUGGGUCCCCCAUCUAAGGACAAAGGUGCCGCCAUGGACGUGGACUCCUCCGAGGCCCUACUCCGGGAUGAAGCUGACUAUGCCGGGCUCCAUGGCCUCGAGUAUGACGAGGACGAGCCAGAUGAUGCCGCCCCUGCCACAGCAGGGCUGGGAUAUCCGUCUUCGUCGGCAGCCCGCCCAUACUCUGCCCUCCCCUCUGGCACCCUCGAAGAGACUUUGUUCCGCAUUGAGGGGUUCCCGGACGACUUCCCGGGCAUCAGCAAGAGGAGCGCGGACCUGGCCAAGCAGUUCACCAAGGAAGAGAUCGCGUCCCUCUUCUCCCAGCUCAGGACGGAAACUUGGACCAGGCCAGCCGUGGAGAGGGUCCUUGAAGUGUACCAGAUCUACAAACGGCAGAUCGCGCAGGAGAAGAUGCUGGCGGCCCACUACAACAAGGCCCGGGCUGAAAUUGGCCACGGCAAGUUGGGGCAGCUGAACCCGGGAAGGAUGGGGGCCACACUCAUGUGCCCGAGUUGCUUCGCAGACUGGGCGAGACCCGACAACAAGGCGGAGGGCAAAUGCAAGCUGUGCGGGAAGGAGGUCAUUGCAGUGGACAAGGGCCCCCCGACGGCCCAGAUCAAACUUGGCUCAUCUUCCUGGUUCAUGUUCUGCGGCCCCGAGGGUGUCUCUUGGCAUACGGACGCGGAUGAGGCCCAGAAGGAGGCAGCAGCGGUGGGCAUUGGCUCGUGGGCACAGCCGCCACCCAAACCUUCUGACCAAUCUGGGCUCAGCUUUGCUGAUCAGGUGCCUGUGGCCCUGAGGCUCAGCCUGGCGCACACGGUGGCCAAGCAGCCCUUUGACGAGGAUUGGCAACCCAGCCAAGAAACUCGCGCUUUCCACCCGCAGCUGGCUGCUGCCAUGGACAUUGAGAAGAAGAAGGCUGGAGCGCACGAGGUUGCAGAUGCACCUGGGGCAGCGGUGCUUCGGCGCCUGGACAGAAGCGCAACUAUCUCCAAGGCAGCCAAGGCCUCUAACAAGCGGAUGCAGGAGGAGGGUGAGCUCCGAGCCAAGCUCCUCAAACCUGUGGUGGAGACCAUUGACACCUGGGGCCCCCAGCUUCGCGCCGCCCUCGAGAUGAACGUCUUCAACCCCGACACUCCUCUCAAGGACGUGGAGUUUGACGACAUCGUGGCCCUCAGAAGCAGGAGCUUCCCUCUUUGGCGGCGGUCCAGCGAAAAGAACACUUGGCCCGGGACGACGACAGGGGGCUGUCUUCCACAGGUGCCUUUGGCCCUGAGGCCCACUGUCGGCCCCUACUGGGCGAAGCCUCUCCCUGAGGCGAAGCAGCUGAUGUUGGAGAUGAGGACCCCCUUCUUCGAGCCGAUUGCCUUGACCAUGGAGGAGAUCGAAUCCCAAGUUGCCCUGAGGAACAGGCCGGCCCUCAGGAACAUCGUGGGCCCCUUCCAUGCCAAGGACCACGACGGCAACUUUCACUGGCAGAAGGAGGUCCAGACCUGGGACCUCAUCUCUCUCUUCAGUACCUACGGUAGCAGCUACACAGCGCGCCACCUCUAUGCGGUCUGGAGCCACUUGCCCAUUACGGAGGCCAAGGAGUUUGUCCUGCUCCACGACCUGCCUGCGCCCACCACCGAAUUCGAAUGGAAGCAGCUGUGCCGUGAGAUGGGCUCCUUCUUUGCGGCCAAGGUCUUUGUCAACAGGUUUUUCUUCGAGAUCUACAGCAAGCUCUCCACUUCCCUUGGCCAGGAGGCGGUGGUUGAGGUGAAGAUGGCCUGGUUCCGCUCCUACCGGCAGCCUCCGGACACUGGGGAACCCAGCGCCGGCUCCGGCCGGCCUUGGGAUUUCCCAAGUCCAACGGAGGAAUGGGUCCUUCUUAAGGCUGACGUUAGCAAGGCGCACAGGCGCAUCAAGGUGCUCCUCCGGGAGUGGCGCUACCAGGUUGCGCAACUUGGAGAAGAAUGGUGGGUGAAUACUGUAGAAUUGCUUAAUUACGCAGUUUUCCCUGAAGUCGACUGGGGCUUUGUUUUCGUGGACGACUUUGCUUGGUUGCUUCGGAAAUCCAGCUCCUCUCUCCUUGCGUCCUCUUUGUGUCUGCUGAUGCUCUCACUGGGUACCCCCUUGAGCUGGAAGAAAACGCUUCUGGCCGAGGUCAACACUUGGUUGGGUUUCGUCAUCGACCCCAAGGGUCCCUGUGUGCAGAUGGCUCGUGACAAGCAUCUGCUCGUGAUUGGCAUCCUGGAAGAACUUAAGAAUGGUAAGGUUAUGUCGGCCUCUCAGAUUGCCAGACGGCCGGGAAAGCUGAUUCGUGCACUUUCCUCCCUCCUGCUCUCUCUUUUCGAUCAGAAGUUCCGGCAAGCUUCGCCGUAUGCACCGCUUGCCUUUGGUCAGGGGCCAGUGAUGCUAGUGCAUCUGAUGAUGGCAGUGCCUUUGUGGGCGGCUGGCUUUCCAACCUGGCCUCCCCCAGAAAGUCGGACGUCUUCUGGUUCCAGUACCAGGUCACACCUGGGGAUCACCCCUGGGCCUUUGGACAAGGGAUGCCCAAAGAAGCGCAUCGCGGCCUUGGAGAUGUUUGGCACCCUGAUCCUGGCCCAUUUCCUCAUGGAAAAAGCGCCAGCAUUCAUCCCGAACCUUCGGAUCCCCUUGGUCAGCGACAACCAAGGGAAUGUGUACUCUCUCUUGAAUGAUAAGUCCAAGAAGAUGCCCACGUCGGUUAUCCUCAUGGAGAUCCUGCUUCAGUUGCACGUGCACGGCAUGGCGCCCGGUGAGGAUGUGGCUGCCUCCCGUACAGGCUUCUCUAUGGACGGCACAAAUUUUGGGAACCUGGCUUUCUUCGAGACCUUCGAUGAUGACGCACUCCACUGCCUGAUCGAGGACAUUUGCGCUGUGGCUAUGGAAGUCUACGAGUUCCAGCACAGCGAGAAGGUCGUACGUCAGGGAGACACUGAUGGCACGCAUUUCUUCGUGGUCGCUCAGGGUGAGUUUUGUGUCCUCAAAGACAACAACCCUCACUGUUACAUCGGGCCGGGGACAUCUUUUGGUGAGAGCGUUCUCCUGCUCUUCGGGGAGCGGAAUGCUACGGUCUGUGCAAGAGGAUGUGCUCGAGCUUACGGUAUGGAGGGCAUGCAGGUGCGGGAGUUGCUCAGCAAGCAGUACGAGCAAAUGCGCCGUUCAGUCGUUGAGGCCACGGACGAGGUCUUGAAAUCCAACCUUUGUGAGAUAUUGUCUGGCCUCAAUGGGUACGAACUUCAGAGCCUGUAUGACCAGGUUGAGAUGAGAAGCUUUGAAGAGGGAGAUACCAUUCUCAGCGAAGGGGAUUCUCCGAAGGAGGUCCUCAUCCUUUACAGUGGCCAAGUGGAGUCGUGGAAGGAUGCACAAGAUGUGGAAGCAGUUCCAAGGUUUCACUUGAUGGGAGACUACGCUCUUCCCUUCAAGGAUGAGGUUCUCUUCGAGCAGCCGACAAACUUGCGGGCGGCAACUCCUGUCGAGCCAGCAGCUUACACGGCGUUUCAGCGUUUGGAAGACUUGAUUGCCUCUGAGCUGAGGGUGCUGGUGCUGAAGCGCAGCUUGCUGGACAACAUCUUCGGGGACCAACUGCAGCAGGUUCUUGUGAAGCACAGAGUGCUGCACGUGCUGGCAAAGCACCAGGAUUUCUCCCGCCUUCAUCAAGAGCAUCGGGAAGCCAUCGCCGUAUCUUGCCAGAUUCGCUGCCUUGGUGAAGGUUCGGAGCAAAGCUGGGAGGAUGUGCGCAUGAUUGUGGCAUUGAACGGAGAAAUUGAAUUGAGGCUGGAGACUGGCCCACAGCAUUUAAUCGGCGCCGCGUCUGACUUGUUCGCUAUUCCCUACGAGCAGCAGAAAACAUCAUUGCAGCUCAAAGCACUUGGAGAUUCCAAGCUGGCAGUUUGGCAACGAGAGGACUUGGGCAGCAUCCUUGCCUUUGAUGACUUCGAUGGAGCGCUAGAACAAGACAACAAGGUGCGAAGCCUUCGUUCAGUCUUCAUAUUUGCGACGCUGUCCAAACAGCAGCUUCAGCGUCUUGCAAACGCACUCCAGAUUCAGAUCGUGCGGAGCGGCAAGCGAGUCUUCUCUCAGGGUGACCAAGGAACGCAUUUCUACAUAAUCCGCAAGGGAGCAGUCAGCGUAGAGAUUGAUGGACGCAUGAAGCGGCGGCUCGGGGAUCCAGACUACUUCGGUGAGCGAGCACUCCUGGGAAGUGAGAUUCGCAGUGCAAGCAUCACAGCACUGGAGGACACGGAGCUUUGGAAAAUGGGGAAGGAAACUUUCCAGGAAAUGAUGCAGGGCCCGUGCUUGGACUACCUGAAAGAUCGCAUCUCACUGCAGGAUACUAACCUGACCUUUCAAGAUCUCGAGUUCGUGCGCGUGAUCGGUCGCGGUGGCUUUGGUGUCGUCAAGAUGGUGAGGGCGAAAAAAACUGGAGUCAGGUAUGCUCUGAAGUGCGUUCGCAAGCGUGACGUCGUGGAAAAGAACGUGCAAGAUGCGCUGGUCUCUGAGCUCAGCAUUCUGAAAGAGGUGGAUCACCCUUUCAUCAUCAAGUUUGUAAGAUCAUUUCGAAAUGAGUCUCGGGUGUACUUCUUAAUGGAGUUGGUAAGUGGUGGCGAGCUCCUUGACGCUCUGGAUGCGUUGGGGCUGCUGAAGUACUCGCAGGCUCUGUUCUACACUGGUUGCAUAGUUCUGGCACUGGAGUUUCUGCAUUCACGCCGCAUAGCCUACCUUGAUCUGAAGAGCGAGAACUGCUUGAUCGACCAACAGGGUUACCUCAAGAUGAUCGACUUCGGCAUAGCCAGGCGCAUCACCAACACAAGGUAUGGGCCUCUCAAGGGCACUCCGAUGUUCAUGGCUCCUGAAAUGAUUCUUGGCAAGGGCCAUACGACUGUGGCUGAUCUCUGGAGUCUGGGUAUUUGCCUGUACGAAUUUGUCAUCGGCCACUUCCCCUUUGCAAGCAACUGUUCAAAUCAUGGCCAGAUUUUCCAUCAAAUCCUGAGAGCCGAGCUGCGCUUUCCCGAAUGGUUUGACAAGCAGCCAAUGGCAGAUGAGAUUAUCAGUUUGAUACGAGGCCUUCUGACACGUGACCCGAAAAAGCGGUUGGGUGCUGGUCACGAAGGAUAUACAAAACUUAAGGCCCAUCCUUUCUUCAAGCAUUUGUGCUGGGAAAAGCUUCUGGGUCGUGAGCAAGAGCCUCCAUUUGCCCCAACGAGUGAAACAUAUGCGGAGGAUAAAGAGAGAUCCGCAGGUUUGCAAGCAGUGGGAGACAGUUUGCCCACUGUGGAAGAGGAGGAGGUACGCUGUGCAAUGUCCGAAGACCCCUGGGAGGAUCCUGCACCAGGUUGGGAUGCAGACUUCUGA